UGAAGUGGACCGAUUAUGUCCAUUUUUGCACCUCACCUAGCAUUUGCAAAGUUGGAGCUAAAUCGGAAUAUCCUUUCUUUCUGUGUAGUAAAUUUUUUCUCUGAAAAUUUCGACCUUAUGUGAAGAAGUAAUCAGUAGAAGUAGACCGAUACUGCUAAUCUACGAACUUGAUUUAAGUUUGAUAAUAAUAUUACCAUGUUCCAAGUUUGGACCAAAUCGGAUAGUCCUUUUGAGUGUUAUCAUGCGCAGACGGACGGACAGACAUUGCUAGGUGGGCUUUUUACUGACGAAGUAGCGGGCACAUGCUAGUUUGAUAUAUAAUUAUAUAGUAACAUGUACUACUUCAGUUAGAUUUAUUAAAAUUGUGAACGUUAUCGAUGAUAAAAUGUCUAGUACUUUUCCGCAAAAAAUAAAUAAGAAUAGCAACAUUGUAAGAGAAAAGAGUUCAACUGAUAAUGCAAGACAAAAGACUAAACGGCUUAAAUAACUUCGCGUUACAAGAGAACAGAUGCCAGUUCAUGUCUGGAAAUGAAUCCUGAUAAGAGGUGCAUAUAAAUGGAAAUGCAGUUUAAAAGAGGCUUUAGUUUUCUUGCAAUCCCGGUUGAUCUUAACAGUAACUCGGAAAAGACAAUAAAAAUGAAUACCUUGAGUUGUGUGCUGAUACUGAUUUGCUGUUCUGCAAUGAUCUUUGCUGAACGUCCGGAUUGGUAUCCGCAAGAUAUACCAGCAAUCGAAAUCAAAUGCCGAGAAGAAAACUCUAUUAAAACUGACAUCAUGGCGAAAGAAUGGUCUAAUCAAAUUGAAGACACUCCAAAACUACGUAAAUUGAUGUUAUGCCUUGCCCGCAAAAAGAAUAUUUUCAAUUCCGAAAUGGGUUUUAAGGCCGAUCGGUUUCAGAUUAUUUUGAAAGAUCGAAAAAAGGUGGAUUGCAAGCUGGAAUUUAUGGAAGAGUGUGUAAAUGGUGCUAAAGACAUAAAACCAGAUGAUGUCAUGAUAAUGAAUAUAAUGAAAUGUUUUGUACCAGGCAUGGAGGAAAAUUGUAAGAAAAUUGAAUAA